AUGGCGGAUGCCAAUGCGGCUGUUAUACUUGUGACAGUUUCAUUGGUACUCCUAGGUUUACUUUCUGGAUUAAGUUUAUCGUGGGCUCUUCUCCCAGUUGCUGUAGUCACUUUUAUUUUUAUUUUAGCGCGUGGAUUAAAAGGACGUGAUGAAUUAACACUUCUUAAUGUCUGUGUUCUGGUGCUGGGGGACAUCGGACGCAGUCCCCGCAUGCAGUACCAUGCCAUUUCUCUCAGUAAACACGGAUAUAACGUCUCCUUUAUUGGCUUUCUAGGUACCAAACCUCAUCAAGAUGUUCUUGCAGAUGAAAGGAUAGAGAUCAUUCCCAUUUCAGAAAUAAAAGGGCUUCAAGUCGGCCCUAAGAUCUUCAGGUAUGUCUCCAAGGUCAUAUUCCAGUCUCUGCAGCUUCUGUAUGUUUUAUCAUCGAUUGAAGACCAGUCUUACAUUCUUAUGCAGAAUCCUCCGGGAUUACCCGGCAUCGCCGUGGCGUGGCUGAUGUGUCGUCUGCGGGGUGCCAAAUUCAUCAUCGACUGGCACAAUUAUGGUUUCACCAUCAUGGGUCUCACUCUGGGGGAAAAGCAUCCAAUAGUGCGACUGGCAAAAUGGUACGAGAAGUUCUUUGGUCGUUUCUCUAAUCAUAAUCUGUGUGUCACUAACGCAAUGAGAGAAGAUCUUGAAAAAAAUUGGAAAAUUAAAGCAACAACUCUGUAUGACAAACCACCCUCCAUAUUUCGGGAGACACCUUUAAAACUGCAGCACGAGCUCUUCAAGAGACUGGGCACAGUUUAUUCCCCAUUUCAAACCAGUGUUCGGUCCAGCCCAGAGCACAUGGAGCUGACCGCUUUCACAGAGCGCAACGUGAAGACAGGUGCGGUUACCAUGGCUACCGGACGACCUGCCCUACUGCUCAGCAGCACCAGCUGGACGGAGGAUGAAGACUUCUCUGUUCUAUUGAAAGCACUUGAAGAUUAUGAGAGAUUUGUGGAGGCAGGGGACACUCUUCCAUCACUGGUCUGUGUGAUCACAGGCAAAGGCCCUCAAAAGGAAUAUUACCAGAAACUGAUCAACUCCAAGGAUUUUAAACAUGUGAGGUUUUGCACUCCGUGGUUGGAAGCAGAGGAUUACCCUGUUUUACUCGGCUCUGCAAAUCUUGGGGUCUGCCUGCACAAGUCAUCCAGUGGUCUUGACCUUCCUAUGAAGGUGGUUGAUAUGUUUGGCUGCUGUUUGCCUGUCUGUGCUAUACAUUUUCAGUGUUUGCAUGAGCUGGUGAAACAUGAUGAGAACGGUCUGAUAUUCAAAGACUCAGCAGAACUGGCAGAACAGCUCAAGUUACUGCUGUCAGACUUCCCCAGUGAAGAGGGCAAGUUAGGCACCUUCAGGAAGAACCUCAGGCAGAGCGGACAGCAGCGCUGGGACGAGAACUGGGACCAAAACAUCCUGCCUCUCCUCAAGGACCACACUGACUAAUAAUCAAACAGGGUGUGUGGGUACGGUCUGUUACCGGGUCUACAUUCAAGCCACUGACCGUAGACUGAGUCUGUUCAUCAGGUCUUUAUACACAAGGUCAUCAUUCCUUAGGUCACUCCAUCAUCCAAUGACAUCAUCGCCAUCCUAAGCAUUUUAAUCACGC